AGGCAACUGUAUAAAGCUCCAUCAACAAAUUUGCCUACAGUAAAGGACAAGUACAUUUUUGUAUGUGGGAAAGCUUAAAAUCACAAAUUGGUGAAAGACAUUCCAAUUUUUGUUGUCCAAAAUCUUCCUCAAUGUUUUGUGACAAAAAAACCCAAAGACAGAAACUCAGUUAAACAGUGAGGUUCCUACUCAACAACUACACCCCUUUUGUCUUGUUGCAUUAUUUAGUUAUUAUAAUCAAAAUUCACCCUUACCCACCACCACUAGCUAAUCAUUAUUAUGGGUGGUGACUUUAUAUAAAAGGGUUGGGUGGGUGGUUGUGGUCGUGGAUGAAAUGAGCAAAAUGACACAAGGAAAUGGGGGUGGUGAGGUAUGGAAAGCUCAUUGUGCAAUGGCUUUGGUACAACUUGUGUAUGGUGGUUACCAUGUGAUUACUAAGGUGGCUCUCAAUGUGGGGAUGAAUGAAAUUGUCUUCUGUUUGUAUAGAGACCUUCUUGCUAUAUCCAUUCUUGCCCCAAUUGCCUAUUUCCGUGAAAAGAGGUCGAGGCUUCCUCUGAAUAAACGGCUUCUACUGUCCUUCUUCAUUCUAGGAUUAACUGGUAUUUUCGGUUGCCAACUGUUGUUCCUUGUUGGUCUUGGCUACACAAAUCCGACUUACGCUGCUGCUUUGCAACCUGCAAUACCAGUAUUUACGUUCAUACUUGCUGUACUUAUGGGUACAGAAACAGUGAAGCUUCUUAAUGUGGAAGGUCAGGCAAAGGUUGGAGGUACCAUUGUUUGUGUUUCUGGGGCGAUUUUAAUGGCUGUAUUCCGUGGUCCGGUGGUGUUUGGAGACGGCACAUCAGACCUCACAGCACAAAUUGAGAUAAGUGCUAACGGUCAACCAGAGCCUGCUGGAUGGCUAAUGUCUAGUUUUCUGGAGUUGGGAUGUGAUAAUUGGCACCUCGGCGUCUUAUGCUUAAUUGGAAACUGUAUGUGCAUGGCAGCAUACUUCGCUCUUCAGGCUCCAGUUUUGAAAAAAUACCCGGCAAGCUUAUCAUUGACAGCAUGUUCAUACCUUUUUGGUGUUCUAUUAAUGAUAGGGACGUCAUUCUUUGUGACUAAUGGAUCAACGGACUGGUAUUUGACACGAUCUGAAGUCGUCGCUGUGUGCUAUGCUGGGAUUUUUGCAUCAGCCCUGAACUAUGGACUUAUGACAUGGUCCAAUAAGGUUCUUGGCCCUGCUUUAGUUGCUUUGUAUAUGCCGCUUCAACCUGCUGCAUCAGCAAUUUUGUCUAGUGUUUUUCUCGGCAGCGCUAUUUAUCUGGGAAGCAUUUUGGGAGGACUUCUCAUUAUAGCUGGGCUUUAUUUAGUAACUUGGGCAUCUUACAGUGAGAGGCAGGCUGUCAUGGGAACUGUUCCUCAUGCUCCUCGGAUUACGGAUCCCUUAAUCCCAUAUCAGAUAGGACACACAUUCUCUGUUCCUUCUUCCUCAAUGCCAAAGAUCUGUCAUUAGUUCUAUCAAGUUUCUUUUUCUUUCCCAAAAAGGAAACUCUUCCUGCAGAAGUAUAUUCAGGAACUCAAGGGAAAAAUCUCGCUCCAAUCUUUUUACAAAGUCACCAACCUUGGGAGCAAUUACACAUUAUUUAUUUUGAUUCAAUCCAAAGAAGCAGAAUAAUGAACAAAUGAGCCUUCCAAAUAGACAUCAAAAGACUAACAUGGGACUUAUUAAGGUAAGCUCAAUAAAUCCAAAGACUAUCUGCAAUUAUAUGCCCUUCUUUUAUGAUUUAUGUAAUAUAAUGAUAGCAAGGAUUAGACCGCACAUACAUUCACAUUCCCACAGCUUAACUUAUUAAGGGGAACAUUUAUGAAGACCAGUGGGACUAUAAUAUAAGAGAGCAAGUUAAUUCAUAGUGUUGACUGCCUAUGGGCUAUGAGUGCUUAUAAGUCCCAACUUAAAAAAGAAAAAGAAAAAUGAGAGGUCCUAUUCAGGGAUCCUUACAACAGUCGUCUAUCCCAAAAGGUAAGAGGUCCCAAGCUUUGUAUUACUGAGAAACAGCAGGAACUGGAGCGGGGAAUAAAGUGCUUCUAGAGUAACCCUAAUAUCUAUCUUCGUUGUCUAGUUGUGUGAUCGCAUUUCAAUACAGAAGCUAACAACACAAGCAUCCCAACAAUAAAGAAUAAGCACCCACACAAGCAUACUGGCAACUCUUGAUACUCAUUUCAGGAACCAAAAAGAAGUCUAUUUCCUUCGAUCACCUAGCAACAUAGUAAGCUUCAAUGUGUCUCAAUCUUUUCUAAUACAAAAAAGAAUGAGAAAUUAUACUAAUAUGUUUUUGCAUCUUAACCAAGUUGCACUUCUCGUGGGUCUUGUGUUUGUCCUGUGUCGAUCUAAACAUAAAAUAUAUAGGACAACCAUGAACCAUACGACCAUGUACUUGCAUCCAGAUAAGAAAUACUUCUGAAUAACCGAUAAAUAGUAGCUUGUAUGUCAAUAAAUCUGGGAAAAAUGGUUGUUUGCAACAUCGUAAGCUGUACUCCAUAAUAUGACUGCAAUAUUUGGGCAGAUGAGUAAUGCUAUACUUUCAAGAUAACUUAUAAAUAGUCAUUGAAGUACUCAAUUUUUUUCUAAAGUGACAAAGUUUUCAAGAGGCAGUUAGUCAGUUCCCUUUUCUCUCAAUUAGACAUUGUAUCCAAUAUAUUGGAUGUACCCGAAGGGGCUAUCUAUAAGACAUCAUAACUUUUUCUGUCGAUUAGACAGAGCUCUCAACAGAAACUCAAGCACAUUUUGUUUCCUGAGAUGCCACGGAUUUCAGAGAAAAUUUGAUAGGCUAUUUCUCAUCCCAAACAAUAAGAAAAUGGCAGUCUAUAUUCUAAGAGUAUCAACCAAAUUUAGACAUGUAAGGCCAAAGGAUUUCACUUUUAAAGGUAAUCAAACCUACAUCACAAACCCAAAGAACUUGAAUCACCAAAAAAGUGGUACUUUGCCCCUCCAAUUUCUUUUCCGUUUCUAAUCCUACACAUGCAUUUUCUUUCUUAAAGUGUGGCCAUUUACAUUAGAGCUCACUACUUAGAACCUAGCACACUACUGUUAUAUAUGAUUCAUUAACUAUGGCCUUGUUACAUGACCUUGCCACUCUAAAGAGUAUUAGUGAUACUUACAUUUUGUCAUUUAUAGGUAUGAUAUAAAUUAUGUUAUCCUGGGCCAGGAUUAUGAUUAAAAAAAAAUAAAAUGAAGAAAGGGGCAGAACCUUACAGAUGCUUUAAAUACAGAUCAGUUGCGAACAAACAUAAACAAAAGCUCGGUAAAAAGAUGAACGACAUUAAGCCAUGCAAAAAGCGGGUAAUUACAAGCAACACUAUUUAUCGAUUAAUUCACCAGCGGAGUAGAGGUUGGCCAUCUUGAACUACGGUUGACUGAUUAAGCUGCUGGUAGAAAUACAACAAUCUUUUACAUAUCAACCUAGGUAGCGAAGACAGACACGAGCAAACCAAAUGUAUGGUUACUACAUUGAGUGGGAAAGAAGCAUUAAAACUUUCUUUGCACAGAUCUACUUCAACUGUUACAUUUACACAUCAUUACAGCAAACGAUACUCUGCUUCUCACUUGGGACUGAAUGC